AUGCCGUGCCUGCAAAUUUGCGAGGUUAAGAUUCUGAUAAUGCCCCUUCGUCGACGAAUAGCUUAUCCACUUGUGUUGAUUUUCUGCUUUAUUGCGAUUGUUGUCUUCAACACUUCGAGAAUCGCAAAUAUUGGCGGACUCUCUGAAAAGAAGAAUUUUAAUUUUUUUAUUACUGACCGGAACAGCAAAAAGAUCCAGAGUCUCCAGAAGUCGAGCCUGUUUGAAAACGGGACCGAACUAAUGUUCUUCACAAAUGCAUCUCUUCCCAUUGCUUUCUACAAUUCCUCCGACUUCACAUGGACGCCUACCAAAGCCGCAAUUGUUGCAAACCUUCACUUACUCAGAAAUCACAUUCAUAGCGUCAAUGAAGCCCAAUAUAUUCACAACAUAGACCGUUUUGGUAAAGCUUCCCCCCUCUUUAUUAUCAUUGUCCAGGUCCAUCAACGUUACACUCAUCUUCUGUAUUUGAUCGAAUCGCUUAGGAGAGUGCGUGGAAUUGAAGAAGCACUUGUGGUGUUCAGUCACGACUUUUUUUCCCCGGAAAUCAAUCGCAUGAUUGCCGCCAUCCGAUUUGUCCGUUUCACGCAGAUAUUCUUUCCGUACAGUCGCCAAAUUUUCCUCAAUUUAUUCCCUGGCCCUGAUCCAAGAGAUUGUCAUACUCGCGGAGCCAAAGAUUGUCUGAAUCAUGAGUGGCCGGAUAUUGCGGGCAACUACCGUGAUACCCGUUUUGCCCAAGUGAAGCAUCACUGGAUCUGGAAACUUUGUUUUGUGAUUAAUAAGAUGAAUAUAUCAAAAUCCUUCAACGGCCAAUAUAUCUUAUUGGAGGAAGAUUAUAUUGUCCUCAAGGAUAUGCUUCACGUUCUCAGCUUAGCCAAACAACUUAACACAAGCUUCGAUGUCAUAGCCCUGGGGUCCUAUGAAAAUUUGCAAACUUACAACGCAUCUGAAAUCGUGCACGAAACUUAUUGGAUCUCUUCCAAGCACAACAUGGGAAUGGCGUUUACGAAAAAUCUGUUUCAAAAAUUGGAACCAUACUGGAAAAACUUUUGCAUUUAUGACGAUUACAAUUGGGACUGGAGCCUUUACUUCAUAGACCGUGUGUGUGCCAGCGAAAAGUUGCGUGUCCUGCAUUUUAAAAAUUGCGGUCGAGUCUUUCAUACUGGCUCUUGUGGCCUACACAACAAGGGCAGCGAAUGUGAUAAUGUAGAAGCGUCGGUUGUGGGAGUAAUGGAGCGGGUAGCCAGGGGCGGCGGCAGCGAUGAGGGUCUCUUUCCAGCAACGCUGAUGGUGGAGAUGGCUACGGUGCAACGAUCGGCGGUGCCCCCCAAUGGGGGUUGGGGGGAUGCGCGCGACCAUGCCCUCUGCCUCGCCAUCGUGAAUAACCGCUGGCUGCCCCUCGCUCACUUUCUGCCUGACGAUCCCAGCCAUCGCCGUCUCGAUGUCUUUGAACCCCUUAUCCCUGGUGUCUCGGACACGGCCGUCUCCGUCCUUUAG